AUGCCAGACGGGACUGCAGCGGCGUGCGUCAUCCCGUCCAAGGCCAUCAGCAGGCAGUGCCGGCUGCCCUUCCCGGCGAGCUCCACGGCUGCGGAGCUGGCGGGACUUCACCUGGCGGCGGACCUGCUGGCCGAGGACAUCCCCGCCGUGCCGAUUGCGGUCCUCUGCGACAGCAAGGCGGCACUGCAGACGCUGGCCAACAAUCGCCGCGCCGGGCUCACAGGAAACCUUCUGGCGACCAAGUUUCGGGCCCUCGCGGCAUCCGGGGCAUCCGUCUCCUUCCACUGGCUGCCCUCUCACGUCGGCAUAGCUGGCAACGAGGAGGCGGACAGACUGGCCAAGGCUGCACACCAGCCAGGCAUCCCCAUCACCCAGGCUGUGGCGGCCAGGGACUACUCGCAGGCCCGCCUCAAGAAGCUCCUCGUCACAGUCCACCUGGACCGGAGGGUGGCCAACGGGCGGGGACCAAAGCUUCUCCCAGAGACGGGCCUCACUAGGAGGGAACGAGCCUCCCUGCUGCGACUGCGGGCCGGCUGUGUGUGGACCGCGGCCCGCCGUUACCUGAAGGGUCGCUGCGCCUCCCCAGCCUGCAGCCGCUGCGGCGACCCCGAGACCCUCGAGCACCUCCUUUGUACCUGCCCCGGAUUGGCAAAGGAACGCUCGACAGUCACCACAGCCUACUGGAGACAGGGCCUUCCUGCCGCCACCAUGGAGCACCUCCUCUUCCCAUCCUGUCCCCUUCCACCAGCGCUCCGGAGCCUGGCGCAAUUCCUCGAGGAGACGGGAAUCGCGGCUUACCACUGA